CACCUUUCUGACGGGCAAUCCUUUCUUGUCCCAGCUCUCUCUUGACGCGCGCUCUGCCGUUCAACGUGCCGCUGCACCGGCGCGGUCUGCAGCAGCCAGCACUCCCCCACAUGCCAGCACUUCGUCCAGCAGCCCAGCCCAGCAGCUGGAGAUGAGAGAGGAGCAGAGCCUGAGGAGACUGAGGAGCAUUGUGAGUCUGGGCGAGCCGAGGAGGAAAUACUCGGCGUUUGAAGAACUCGGACGAGGGGGUUUUGGAGCUGUUUAUAAAGCCCUCGACGCCAGCACAGGACAACAGGUGGCCAUCAAGAAAAUGGCGCUUCAAGAGGAGAUGUCCGAGGAGCUGGCUGUCAAUGAAAUCGUGGUCAUGAGGGACAGUAGGAACCCCAAUAUUGUUACCUACUUAGACAGCUACCUGGUCGACGGGGAGCUCUGGCUGGCGAUGGAGUUCAUGGACGGCGGCACGUUGUAUGAUGUACUCGGGGCAGUGUACCUCGAGGAAGGACAGAUAGGCGCUGGUCUGUCGGGAGCACUAGGAUGCUGCGCCCUGGCUCACUAG